GACUAAGUAGAUCAUCUACAUAUACAUAUCAUUCUAGAGUAGAUACCUGUCCUUGUAAUCAGAAUGUUUCACGCACCCUCUCUCUGUCCCCAUGCUUGUUUAUAUAUAUGUAUAUUUGGGUGAGUGAAGUACGUAGAGGUUGUUGUUGGUUCAGUGGUAGUUAAUAGGUAGUACUCCUCCAGAGAUGCCCCACUUGAAUUAUGUCCACCGCUCAGUCACACACACACACAUCGUCGUGUAUAUAUUGAACCGUCCUUAAUUCCAUCGUGAUUCACAACUCUUAUUCCCUCCCGACCUAGCUAGCUACAGCUCUCCCUCUCCUUUUCCUAUCUCCCAUUCAAGAAAACAAAGUUUCAAACUCAUUCGACCCAUUAGUUCAACAAGUCCCUUCCAAAUCCAAACCCACCCCAUAAAACCAGGAAUAUCUAUUCCCACAAAAUCUUCCUUCUCUAGCUAGCUACUUGAUGAAAAGAACUGCUAGAAAAGUGAUGAUUUGAAGAUAUGGGUUAUGGGUUUUUGUCUUUCAAUUUGCACUAGCUCUAUAAACUCUCCCUUCAUAUAUAUAAUUAGGUUUCUGGUUCAUGUGUGUUUAAUGGACUGCUUGAAAGAGGUGGAAGGGAAGAGAGUUCAUGACCAUUUUGAGGACAAGAUGAGCAACUCAGUGAAGCUAGUAUGGGUGCCGGGACCCGUGAUAGUCGGCGCCGGGCCUUCGGGCUUGGCUGCAGCUGCUUGCCUAAAAGAGAAGGGUGUCCCAAGCUUGAUACUGGAAAGGGCAAAUUGCAUAGCUUCCUUGUGGAAGCACAAGACCUAUGACCGGCUUCACCUUCAUCUUCCCAAGCAAUUCUGUGAGCUUCCUCUCAUGUCUUUCCCCUCAAAUUUUCCAACUUACCCUACCAAGCAACAGUUUCUGGCCUACUUGGAGGAUUAUGCCCAACAUUUCAGCCUGAAUCCAGUGUUCAACAAGACAGUGGUGAGUGCCGAAUUUGACGAGGUUUGUGGGUUCUGGAGGGUUAGGAGCUUGGGGAUGAAAAUGGAGGAGACUGAGUUUGUGUGCCAAUGGUUGAUUGUGGCCACGGGAGAGAAUGCUGAGGAGGUUGUGCCCAAAAUUGAGGGGAUGAAUGAGUUUUCAGGCAAAAUUGUUCAUACUAGCUUAUAUAAAAGUGGUAAAUCAUUUCAGGGAAAGAAUGUCUUGGUUGUUGGCUGUGGAAACUCAGGCAUGGAGGUUUGCUUGGACCUCUGCAAUUAUAAUGCCCAACCUUCUCUUGUGGUUAGAGAUUCAGUGCAUGUGUUGCCACAAGAGAUGCUUGGAAGAUCAACUUUUGGAGUGUCCAUGUGGUUGCUCAAGUGGUUCUCAAUGCGAGCAGUGGAUCGAUUCUUGCUCCUAAUGUCACGGAUUAUGCUCGGCGACACUGCACGACUCGGCCUCACCAGGCCUAAUCUUGGUCCGCUCCAACUCAAGAGUGUUUCAGGCAAGACCCCAGUUUUGGAUGUUGGAACCCUUAAAAAGAUCAAAAAGGGCCACAUUAAAGUUCGCCAAGGAAUAAAGAGACUAAGACAUCACACGGUGGAGUUUGUAGAUGGGAAGAUAGAGAAUUUUGAUGCUAUCAUCUUAGCUACAGGUUACAAAAGUAAUGUACCGACUUGGUUGAAGGAAAACAAUUUCUUCUCGGAGAAAGAUGGGUUCCCAACAAAGCCAUUCCCGCACGGAUGGAAAGGCGAAAAUGGAUUGUUCGCGGUCGGAUUCACCAAGCGCGGCUUGCUUGGAACAUCCGUGGAUGCCACAAGGAUCGCCGAAGACAUUGAAAAGCAGUGGAACGCUAAGCCACGCAAUCUAUGGUCUUCAGAAAAGAAAAUAAUUGAGUUGAAGCAAAUUGAUAGACUUCAUUUGACAUGAUGGUGCUCCAAGUACAAAUGAGAUCGAUGAAGCCAGAAAGGUUGUUUUUUUUUUUUUCUCUUUUUCGUGGUUUUAAAUAUGAUUAAAGCUUUUAGAUAUAUAUAUAUAUGCGUAUAUAUAUUUUUUCUCUAAUUAGUUGUAGUUCUGAGAGGCUUAAGUGUUUGUUCUUAGGUUUAGGGUAUAAUUUAUCAAUGUGUUGGUGGUGGGUUGCUAGUUCUUGUGUAUAGUCUAAAUGUUCUUCAGAUUUUGCAAUGAGAUUACAUAUAUUUCUCUUGAUGUGGUUACUUGCCUAACCCAACCUUGACAUAGAAGGGACCAUUUUUUAUCAACUUUUUCCCAAAAAAAUAAAAAGAGAAAGAUACAAAAGAAAAAGGAAAGAAAAGAGAAAAAGAUCUUUCAAGCAUUGCAAGGUCCCAGGCAUAUGCAGAUGGAAGUGGACCUUAGCUAG